GUCAUUUCCUGGAAAUGCAACCCUCGCAACACGGAAGUGUUAGAAAGAAAACAAAAUAACCGUUCAUAUCUGAGAGGAUUUGGAGUCAGAAAAUACACGUUAACCGCCGUUUAUCCUCUGGGUUAGUCGUCAGUCCCGGUCCACGAUGGAGUUUCUGUUCGGAAAGAGGAAGACGCCGGAAGAGAUGCUGAGGCAGAACCAGCGAGCGCUCAAUCGAGCCAUGAGAGAUCUGGACCGAGAGCGAAUGAAACUGGAACAGCAGGAGAAGAAGAUUAUCGCUGACAUCAAGAAAAUGGCCAAGCAAGGACAAAUGGAUGCAGUGAAGAUCAUGGCCAAGGACCUGGUUCGCACAAGACGCUACGUCAAGAAGUUCAUCAUGAUGAAAGCAAACAUUCAGGCUGUCAGUCUGAAAAUACAGACACUCAAGUCCAACAACAGCAUGGCGCAGGCGAUGAAAGGCGUCACUAAGGCUAUGGCCACCAUGAACAGACAGCUGAAACUGCCUCAGAUCCAGAAGAUCAUGAUGGAGUUUGAGAAACAGAGUGAACUCAUGGACAUGAAGGAGGAGAUGAUGAAUGACGCCAUUGACGACGCCAUGGGGGAUGAAGAUGAUGAGGAGGAGAGUGAUGCUAUUGUGUCCCAAGUGCUGGAUGAGCUCGGUCUGAAUUUGUCAGAUGAACUAUCAAGUUUACCCAGUACUGGGGGAAGCCUUUCAGUGGCAGGAGGAAAGAAAGCGGAACCCCAAGCCGCCUUGGCUGAUGCUGAUGCAGAUCUGGAGGAGCGCUUGAACAACCUCAGAAGAGACUAAAUGCAGAAAACAAGCCCAUUUGUCAUGUUGUUGAUGGAGAUCCACAAAAAAGUGUCUAAAUACUGGCUGACUACCACAAGCGACCAUAUGUUAUAAAGGUUUAUGGCUUUCUGUUUGAGGUGUUUUCUUUUCACAAGUGUAUCAUUAUCCUAACAAGGAAAAACAUAAGGAAGGUCCUUAUCCAUUUAUCUAGCUCAUUGUCACAUUUAAGACUUUGCCAAAUAAUACAAAUGGCCUAAGAGUCUGGAGCAUUUUUUCUAUUGUCUGUAAAUACUAACUCCUCAAGACGUCAGGAUUUUUUUCAUUAUUUGAAUUAACACUAAGGAUAAAAUAUCUAAAGGAAACCAAAUAAAAGCUGGUUAUACUGAAGAAAGUUACUUUUAAUACGAUUGGCAUUUAGAGGUCGUAUUUUGUAUAUGAGGCAGAUUUGAUGGUUGGAUCAUCACUAAAAAGUCUUGAUUUUUAGAUUUCUUUGCUACCAGCUGUCAAGAAAAUGUGCAAAAACUCUGAAACAGCAGCUCCUCUGUACCUGAGCAGUUUCUGCUACCAUUAAUAAAUUGACUUGGUAAA